AUGUCAGCCGGCAUUGCUUCAUUAUACGGCUCAUUAUUACAUCAUGCACUACAGAACGCUUGUAUAUAUAGAGACUGCGGCUUAAUAGUAAUGAGAAAGGAAUGGAUUAAGCAAAUCCAGAUGGUGCAGCUAUCUAGUCUUUUGACGUCUUUGUCAAAGAAUGUUUCAAUUAGUAGUAGGAAGAGGAGAACAGACGUCGGAAAACAAGCCGCGGAUCAAUUGGUGAAGGAAGCAAAGAGGAAAGAACUGGUGCGAACUUCUUCUGGUGUUGUUAAUGCCGACAAAUAUAAUAAUUUUACUUCAGUUUACUCGAAAAGAGGGAAGAAAGGAAUUAAUCAGGAUCGCUUCAUUGUGUGGGAGGAGUUUGGCUUCCAAGAGGAUAUGGCCUUUUGUGGAGUUUUUGAUGGGCAUGGUCCAUGGGGACAUCUUGUGGCAAAAACUGUGAGGGAAUUGAUGCCAUCAUCUUUACUACGAAAUUGGCAAGAAGCUGUUGCUCUAAAUGUACUCAAUUCGGGUGAUAACUUGGGAUCGGACACAAACCAUUGCCUCUUUGAUAUAUGGAAGCAAUCUUACUUCAAGACUUGUUCUGCUGUUGAUCAAGAACUUCAGCGCUGCACGGGAAUCGACUCCUUUUACAGUGGUACUACAGCUUUGACAGUUGUCAGACAGGGUAAUCUCAUGAUAGUUGCUAAUGUUGGAGAUUCUCGUGCUGUGCUCGCAACCACUUCUGAUGAUGGUCGCUUGGUACCCGUCCAGCUUACAGUUGACCUCAAACCCAAUUUACCACACGAGAGCGAACGAAUAACAAAAUCAAGAGGGAGGAUAUUUUCUUGCCCGGAUGAACCUGGAGUGUGCAGAGUCUGGAUGCCAAAUGAACAGGCGCCAAAUGGUCCGGGAUUAGCAAUGUCAAGAGCCUUUGGUGACUACUACAUAAAAGACUUUGGUCUUAUUUCCGAGCCUGAAAUAACAAAGAGAAACAUAACUAGCAAAGAUCAAUUUGCUAUUUUGGCAACCGAUGGGGUGUGGGAUGUUAUAUCUAAUCAAGAAGCUAUAGACAUUGUUUCUUCGAAGCCAGACAGGGAAGAAGCGGCUAAGAGGCUAGUCGAAUGUGCAGUUAGUGCAUGGAAACGCAAAGGACGGGCUGCUGCAAUGGAUGACAUUUCAGCUAUUUGUCUCUUCUUUCAUGAGUACGAUCACCCUCAAUCCAUGAACUCGGGGAAGCCGAAUAGUAAACUUGUAUGA